AUGUCUAAAACUAAGUCUUCUUCACAAAAUUUAAUAACCAACUCUCAUACAAAAAUUAGUUUAAUGUUAAUUCAAAAUAGUGCAAUGAACACACCUGCCAAUAUUGUCAAAUUAAAACAUCCAAGAAGUGGAAAGGAAGCAACAUAUCUUUUCACAAACAAUAAUUCUGUCGUAAAUGAACUUUUUUUAUUUUCUGACUCCAAAUCAUGUUUUUUAAAUGAUAAUGUUAUAGAAAAAACUAAAUUGUAUUUUUCAACGCCAAUAGAUCCUUUAUUUUUAGUUUUACCUUAUUUAAAAAAGUAUUAUGAUGAUAGAAAAGCAGUUCCCAUUGAAGAUUUGUUUGUCGAUCAAAUGUUUCCAGAUGCUUACAGACUCCUACAAUCAAUAGAAGGGUCAGAAGAUUUAAACGUUUGGGCUUAUAAUAAUGAAAAAACAAUGAAUUGGCUUAUUAAAAAAGUAGAAAAAUUGGUCAGUUUUUUCAAAGUUAAAAUUUCUUCCUCGAAAAAAAACUGUUUAACUGAAAAGAAUCACAAUGAUGAUAAAUCGUCUUUUGAAAAAAUCGACAAAAGUGUUUUAUUGAAGAAUGCAUAUGAACUAAUCUCUGAAUAUAUUGCUGAGGAUUUGAGUUCACAACUUUUUUUUAAACUAGGAUUAUCAUCCAAUGAUCAUUCAGAUGUGAAAAAAAGAAAAGAAACCGAAAAGCCUGAUGAAAAUAUUAAAAAAAAAAUGAAAACCAGCAUGUAA